AUGAAAAAACGGCUGGAUGAAGCGGUGAACAAUAUUUCUAUUAUGGAUGUGUUUGUAAAGAAAUGGAUGCUUGACAUUCCAUUCAUCAACAGAUGGUGGAAACCUUUGCUAGAGCCAACUUAUGCAUUUAAGGAGUUUCUCAAGAAGCAGGUUGAAGAGAGGAAGAAAGCUAUCGAAAACGGCACUCACCUGCUGGACACCGAACCACGGGACUACGUAGAUGCGUUCAUUCUCAAAAUGAAGGAAGAGGCUAUGAAUGGCGUGAUGGACACAACGUUCGAGUGGGUGAUUUGA